UGUGAAGAGAGAGAGAGUGAGAAAGAGAGAGGCAGAGAGAAAGAGUGAGAAAGAGAGAGACAGAGAGAGAGAGAUCCUCUUUUAAAGUUUUACUGUUCCCUGGCAGCUCACCACAACAGAGAGAUCAGUCUGAGAGUAGAAGAGAACGGAGAGGCAAGAUCAAGAGGGGAAGCUAAGAGAAGAUGCAGUUUCAUACAAAGAGGCAUUGAUAAUCUUACAGAAGUGGGAGUGACGUGGAAAGUAGCCACUUUGCUUUUUUCAUAGACAUUAACUCAUGCAGUUAGAUCUUUUUUUCUUUCCAAAUUCCAGUUUGUAAGGCUUGAAAAUUGUUUAAGUUGGACCAAAGAAAAGAACAUCAGACGAUCUGAAUGUGGAAAUAUUCUGAAGUUGCUGUGGCUUCUUUAACAUUCAUCCGAACAUUGCUUUCCUCUUCACCAUGAGAGCCACGUGGACUGUUUUGAUACUGGCUUUUAUCCUUUUUCCUUUCAUUGUCCAAACACAAAUCUGCCCUAAUGGGUUCAAGGGGAAAGACCAAAAGUGUGUUGACACAGAUGAAUGUAAAGAUGAAAAGGUUUGUGGUCUUAAUGCAUCAUGUACAAACACACCCGGCAGUUAUUACUGCGUCUGCAACGCUGGCUAUGUACUGAAAUCUGGAAAAUCUAGCUUUUCUGGGCAGGAGGAGCAAUGUGAAGAUAUAUGUAAGAUUGAUGAGACAAUUUGUGGAAAUGGAUCCUGCCUCCAUGAUGCCAGCGGCCAUUACUGUGCAUGCUCUGCAGGGUUUAGCCACUACGGCAACAAAACGGCUCGUUGUACCGAGCUUCACUGUGGUGUUUUCAAGGACGUGAACAAUCUUAUGGAGAAAUUUGACAUUGUUAAAAAUGAUAUGAAGGAACUGAGUGAAAGUUGUCUGAUGCUCUCGGGAAGUAAAAAUUCAAAGGACCUCAAUGGAGAAGUCUUACUAAAGAGUCUGCUCUCUGUGAUCGACCAGCUCCUGUCCGCUGGAUCUCUCAAUGGCAGCAAGAAAAUCUCCACAUUUCUAGAUGUGGUGGAACAAGCUCUAAGAUUCAUUGGACCUUUUAUUAAAACACCAGGAACUAAGACAUCCACCAAUCACACAGAACUGGAGCUGCUGGUACAUACUGGGUCGGCUAUACCCCAAGGAUUAAAGACUCUGUUGUCUAAACAUGCUAAAGUGGAUAUAAAGAUGAAGGAAGCUGCAGGAGAUCCCUCAUUUUAUCCAGGAUUUACAACAGUUUCAUUGCUGAGCUAUUCAAACUUGGAAAAAUCUACAGAAGGUUUCUAUAGUGGGAUGAAAAAGAAUGAGAGCCAGGACUUUAAGAUAAACUCCAAAGUGGUGACUGUCAGUGUCAGCAACACAGACACAAAACACCUGAACGAACCGGUCAAUAUAACUUUAUAUCAUCUUGAUCAGCCAAAUCAAACCGCCCACACCUGUGUGUUCUGGGAUUCCUCUAAGGAAGGAGGUGCAUGGUCUGAGCGCGGCUGCAACGUGACGGAGUCCAACCCAAAAUACACCGUGUGUUCCUGUAACCACCUGAGCAGCUUCGCGGUGCUCAUGGCCCUCUAUGACAUGGAGAGCCCUUUUGAGUUGCAGCUGUUCUCCUGGAUAGGCCUAUCGCUUUCAUUAAUUUGCCUGUUCCUCUGCAUCCUGACCUUCUCAAUGAUCCGGUCCAUCAAAAGCCCAAGAACAACCAUCCACCUGCACCUCUGCAUCAGCCUCUUUAUUGCAACCCUUGUCUUUCUCGCAGGCAUCUCUCAGACACAGAACAAGGUUGGCUGUGCAGUAGUUGCAGGGAUGCUGCACUUCUUCUACCUGGCCUCCUUCUGCUGGAUGUGUCUGGAGGGAAUCCAGCUCUUCAGGAUGGUGGUCCUGGUCUUCAACACCAACUUUAAAACCAGCUACAUGAUGGCAGGGGGCUACGGAGUCCCGGCUGUAAUUGUUGCUGUCACUGCGUUGGUCAACAGACAUGGAUACGGGACUAAGAAAUAUUGCUGGCUAAACUUGGAUUCGAUUUGGAGCUUCUAUGCCCCUGUCUGUGUCAUCAUUACUGUAAACAUUUUCUUCUUCCUUAUCACUGUGUGGAAGUUGGCACAGAAGUUUUCAAGUUUAAACCCAGACCUGGACAGCUUGCAUAAAAUCAAGGCAUUCACCAUUACUGCAGUGGCUCAGCUCUGCAUACUCGGUAUCAUGUGGAUCUUUGGAUGUUUCCAGUUUGAGAAAGACACAAUGACAAUGUCUUAUCUGUUCACCAUUUUUGGCAGCCUUCAAGGUGUCAUGCUCUUUGUUAUGCACUGUCUAUUUUCCAAACAGGUGAGGGAGGAGUAUGAAAACAUUCUUUCUCAGCUACGUGCGCCUCGGAAGAGAACAUACUCCGAGUUCAACCACUCAAGCAAAGCUAAUGCAUCCAGAAGUACCCAGGACACGGGAGAGUCUCACAUGAUUUAACUGAACAAUAUCUCUGGGAGAUUUCAGAAUGUCGUUUUAAAAAUGAGCUCUCUGAGACAUGUGCAGUGAAGUUUGGGGUCCCUCAGGGGUCUGUGCUUGGCCUGUUACUAUUUUCACUUUGUCUUCUGCCUGCUGAUGCUCUUCUGCUCUGAUUUAACCUAACUAUUCACUGUUAUGUUGACAAUGUGCCUUUCUCAUUUGGAAACGGUGCAGAUUUGUCUAAAGUACAGAUGGUAAAGUACCAUCUAUUGGUAAUUAGGCAUUGCUUAUCAAAAUAAUUUCCUGCUUCUUAACAGUGAUAAGAUAUCCUCAGGAUAUUAGGCAGACAUUUUCAUCAAUAGGUUUUUAAAGCUAAGUUAAAAAAAAUCACUUAUUCACUUUGUCAUAUGUGAUUUCAUUUUAUUCUUAUUGUUUUUGCUGCUUUUGGGGGGGUAUUGUAUUGUUUUUUUAACUCCUUGUGAUUGCUCAGCACUUUGAAUGGCUUUAUAAAUAAAGUUAUUAUUAUUGCUAUUAAUAGCUUUGGAUUAAAGUCCAGUUAAAAUAUGGAUAUUAAAGCUUUGAACAUGGCUUGUUUUGACAACUCAUACUGUCCAUAAUAUGCUUUAAUUUCAUGGCAAUACUUUUUUUAACCGUAUUUUUGUAACUUGAUAAAUUAUGUAAUUUAUUUAGGAAAUGUACAUACAAAAACAGUAUUUUUAUAUGAAAAAAUGUGUGUUCUUUUGAUCAAAAUUACAUAUAUGUUUGCAGAACUUAAUCAGGCACAUCUACCAAUGUAAGUUGCUUCAUUCAGGUACUUAUUUCAAUCAGCAAGGACAAUCCAAAAUAUACUUAGGUUGCAAGCUCUUCUUUUAAGUCUUUCAGCUUCAUCUCUACUCCCAUUAGGUUGGCUGUGCAGUAGUUGCAGGGAUGCUCCAACUACUGCACUACUUUUUGGAAAUCCAAAACAUAAAACAGAUUUAUCAUUUGGAGAUUUGCCUGUAUAUAAGUCGCUGGGAAAUUUAGUCGGCAUUAUUGUAUGGCUCCAAGGCUGCUGCAUUUAUUGCAACAGAAAUGCAUCGAAAAUAGCUGUUUAUUCAGUGAGUCAUAUGCUAUUUGUUUUUAAACUGAUCUUAGAUAAGUUCAGUUGUUAUGGUUAUCUGAAAUGGUAGCACCGCUGUAACACAUGGUAUUAGCGCACAUCGCAUAUUUUACACUGAUGCUGUUUAUUUCUUGUUUACAUGUCUUUCUUUGUGUGAAUUCUGCAAAUAGGAAUUUUAAAUGUCUUUGUUUUUAGAUUUGCAAAAAUAAAUGUAAUCAUACAUAUAACA